UAUUCAACAUAUUAUCAGCCACACAGUUCCGUCCCAGGCAGCACCGACUCUCCGGGGCGGAGAGGCUGCCCCGUAGCGUUGCUGUGAAUCACAGACGAGCGCAACUCUCACGGAGGAAUCGCUUACAUUGCGUGGAACUCGACGGUCAAGGAGGAGUUCGCUGCCGAGGAGGGAGAGCGCCGACUCAACAUGGCCGCCGCCUUGCUUCGCGGCCUCCUGCUCCUGGCGCUGAGCCGAGGCUUGCCUCUGGCCGCGGCCGAUACAAAAAUCUUUUCUCUCGACUUGCCUUCCAUCCAGUACCUGAAGCCCAACCAGAACUCUACCAAUGUCACCUUUCAUAUCUUUGCUAACAACAUGGAUAACAUUGUAACCCGUUCCCUUGAUGAAAAGUGGUAUGCAGUCGAACUUUCCAAGAACGAAAACCGAGCCUUUGUUCUCCGUAUCCUACCUCCUGUCGACAGUGACUUCACCUGCUGCACAGGCGUGAAACUGAUUAAUUUCCAUGCGUCCUAUGAGGGUAAGGUCCAGUGGAAUGAAACGUGUCCUGAGGAUUUAACUGAGUACUGCCCGGGUACAGAGUCAGCUACAUCAGCUACGUACGAUUACUACACGCCAGACGCUCACUCAACACAAUACACCAAACCUCCUCCUACAGCUUCGGAUACCGGAAACUCAACCACACAGAAGACCAAAGAUCCACCUUCGAAUAUGAUCCUGUGGAUUACAUUGCCCACAGUAAUAGGUGUAACCGCGAUCUUGGUGGUGUUUGUGGCUUGCUGCCUGCAUAUGAAUUCGAGGAAGGAUCAGCCACUGUCGGAUGCAAGCGACCCACCCAGAAGCGAGUUGAAUAGUGGGGUGGUGUCUGAGGAGGAAGAAGCAGUCUAACUUGAGAAGAUGGAAUUAGUUUCACUUGAAGAAGAAUCAGUCUAACUUAACCCAACCACCAUGGAUUUACGUUCUGACCCCUGAAGUUUUUUUUGUUUUUGUUUUUUGUGAAUAUUGUUACAUACGGAUGGCUCCACAUGUACUCAGCCAGCAAGGAGUCUAUCAAUAGGCCCUAGUGACCGAUCCUGAUU